CUCGAAAAUCACACCAACUAGCAGCUUCUCUUCCUCCCCAAGCCAGCUUCAAAUAUUAACCAUUAAUUUUCUUCCUUCAAUUUUUUACUAAUCUCCAUUAAUUUCCAUCUUAUCCCAAGCUCUUGCAAUGGCUCCAACAAUGGCCGCGAUCAACAACGCCACCAACCCUGUCUCUGAUUUCUCAGACUUUGUGUUAACCAAAGGUCAUGGAGUAAAGGGUCUAUCAGAAACAGGCAUCGAAACCCUUCCAAACCAAUAUAUCCAGCCUCUGGAAGAAAGGCUUUGCAUGACCAAAAUCGUCCCUGAAAACGCCAUUCCCAUCAUCGACCUAUCGGACCCCAAUGGCACUGGUGUUGCGGACGCCAUUUGCAAUGCGGCAGAGAGGUGGGGGUUCUUUCAGAUUGUCAACCACGGAGUUCCCCUUCAAGUUCUGGAGAAUGCCAAGGAAGCAACCCGCCGCUUCUUUGGGCUGCCUGCUCAGGAGAAGAACAAGUAUUCCAAGGACAAUUCGCCUUCCAACAACGUCCGCUAUGGCACCAGCUUUAGCCCGCAGGCAGAGAAAGCUCUGGAGUGGAAGGACUAUCUCAGUCUCUUCUAUGUCUCUCAUGACGAGGCCUCUGCAUUGUGGCCUGCUGCUUGCAGGGAUGGUUUGCUAGAGUACAUGAGGAAGAGCGAAGCAGUUGUUAAACAACUACUGAAGGUGCUGAUGGAGAAACUCAAUGUGACAGAGAUUGACAAAAGCAAAGAAGAUCUUCUAAUGGGAUCUCGCAGAAUUAACAUAAACUACUAUCCCAUCUGCCCAAACCCUGAGCUCACCGUGGGAGUCGGCCGCCAUUCCGAUGUCUCAACUCUUACAAUCCUUCUCCAAGAUGAUAUUGGCGGACUGUACGUGCGGGACCUACAAGACAACAGCUGGAUCCAUGUCCCUCCGGUGAAAGGCUCCAUUGUCAUCAACGUGGGAGAUGCGUUGCAGAUAAUGAGCAAUGGCCGAUACAAGAGCGUCGAGCACCGUGUGGUUGCCAACGGGAGCAAGAACAGGAUAUCAGUUCCCAUUUUUGUGAACCCAAGGCCCCAUGACAUCAUCGGCCCGUUGCCUGAAUCGCUUGCAAGUGGAGAACAGCCCAUUUACAAGCAAGUUCUGUAUUCGGACUACGUCAAACACUUCUUCAGAAAGGCUCACGAUGGGAAGGGUACUGUCGACUACGCAAAGAUAUGAAUCAUACAUAUCCACGUUUUAUAUAUAUGAUCACCAUUAAUUUGUUUCUUUUCUUUAUAAAUGCAAUUAAUAUAUAUACAUAUAUAUGUUCAAAUCAAUAAAUGUUAUUGUAUUUAACCCAGAAGUAAGAUCAAUUUCUACAGAUAUUCUGCCGAUGUUUCAUCCAAAGAAUAAUUAUAUACGAAAGCUAAUGAAAAUAUUAAAUACAUAUAAUUUACUUUGCUUC